CAGCCUGUAAUGUGGCCAGCAGGAUUAGAUGGUCUCUGCGCCGCGGAGGGGAAGCAUCUCUUUGUCGUCCUGUCAUUCGCUGCUUGCCUCUCUCCGCUCAUACACCUCCGCUCGGCGAUAACCGUGCUCUCACACGCCGAGUGACGACCGACGACGGCGAGCAGCUCCGUUUUUGUUCGCCGGUUGUUCUCUCUUUUUCUCUUCAUUCCUCACCGGGUCGCCGUGUUGGAUUGUUCCCCAUCUAACAAAGCCCGACCCCAGCCUGCCUGCCUGCCCGCAGACAGCUGCUCUCCGGACCAGGGGCUCCGGGUUGCAUGGUGGGUGCUUCGGCUGCUUCAGCGGUUCAACAAAUGCAGAAAAGGGAGAAAAGUUUCGUCUUAACUGUUUAUGUGUGAUAAAUACAUGAAUAUUGUACUUAUACCACCUGCUGCUUAAAGACCGAGGAGCACAAUGAAAACAAGUAUACAAAUGCUCUCCGUCCAGCCGGACACCAAGCCAAAAGGCUGUGCCGGCUGCAACCGGAAGAUCAAGGACCGCUACCUGCUGAAGGCCCUCGAUAAGUACUGGCACGAGGACUGCCUGAAGUGCGCCUGCUGUGACUGCCGGCUGGGCGAGGUGGGCUCCACGCUCUACACCAAAGCCAACCUCAUCCUGUGCCGGAGAGACUACCUACGGUUAUUUGGUGUAACGGGGAACUGUGCAGCCUGCAGCAAGCUAAUUCCAGCCUUCGAGAUGGUCAUGAGGGCCAAGGAGAACGUCUACCACCUGGACUGCUUCGCGUGCCAGCUCUGCAAUCAGAGGUUUUGUGUGGGAGACAAGUUUUUCCUGAAGAACAACAUGAUCCUGUGCCAGACAGACUACGAGGAAGGGCUGAUGAAGGAGGGCUACGCUCCCCAGGUCCGCUGACCCUCGCAGGCCAACGAGAAGGAAGAGUAGGAGGAGUGGGAGAAAGAGAGAGACUGAAGGAGAGCUUGCAAUCACACAACAAAAAGCACUAUUGCCUCCUGUCCAGCUCCUGUCCAGCUCCUGUCCAGCUGCUGUCCCCCACAUGUACAUAGCUAAGCAGAGGGGACACUCCGCUGUACAGAAUAGCCAUAGAAAUGCCGGUGUGGCGGGGAAGGGCCCUGGAAGCCUACAACAAACUACAAGUAUGAAAAAAAAUAGUGUGGCCAUUUUUUUUUUUGUAACGGAUGCUGCCUCUUUCCUCAUGGCCAACAAACACCAGCCUCAGAGCAAUUUCUAACCAACAGCUGAUCCCAGUUGUUGGAAAGCAACAAAAAAAACAUUUUAAACAACCCAAAAGCAGUUGUGUCUCUUCUUAUCUGCAACUUCUACUUGAAUCUGAAACACACUGAGGUAUUGUCAAUCAACUUUGAGAUAAAGACCUUUUUACUGUAUGAUAUCAGAUUUAAAACACAGUGAAUGUAAAGAGGGCACAAAUAACACUGAUGACUCAUUUGUUGCUUGGUAUGUAUGGUUGUGUGUGUGUGUGUGUGUGUGUGAGCAUGUUGGGAAUGUAUCCGUCAUGCAGUCCUGCGAGGCUAAGUCUUGUCCAUAUAGUCGGUUCAGAUCCUUAAGAUUCCAUGAUAUUUACAUGCUUCCCAAUCACACAGCUGCUUUGGCUCACAGGCACAAAAUCAGAGUUUUGGAAAUAAUCAAUGUGUUUCUCUGGAUGAAUAGAAUCUCAUACACAAUCACUACAUAAAUAUACUCCAUAACGUCAAUAAAGCCAGGUCACCCUUGAAGAAUACUGUCACAGAGGAAUGUAAUUGGCUAUUUGAAUAUCAAUGAAAAGACCUUUGCUGGUCAAAGGGAGACGCAUUUGAUGGCAUGUAAACUACAGUGGUCAGUCUUUAUUUGAACAAUGAAUAGAACGGUGUUUAAUGUGGAAAGCAUUGCUAUAGUGAUGAAACCCUUUCAAUCUUCAAUUCUUCUGAAUUUUUAGCCUGCAUAGCACCUAACAUUAUUUGGAGUUAGCAACUAGUUAGCUACAGAGCCAGAUAUUUAAAAUAUAUAUUUGAGUGGUUGGAGGAGACCAAAACAGAGCUAAAAGGAGAGUAAACAUUGGAUUUUCAUGUAUCUGUUGGACAAACACCAACCCAAUGAGACGCUAAUGUUGCUUGCAGGUUGACCCAACAUUCGUUAACCUGCAAAUAUUGCUUUAUCUUUUGAAUUCCCAAUUAUUGAACUGCUGUGCAAGUAAUCUGGAUGUGUUAACAGGCAAGAAACAUGUUAGGCAACAACAUCUGAAUAAAUAAAUAGCUAAAGCGGCUUCAAACAUAUGGACCAGACUUAAUGCCUGUAGACAACUGUGUGGUUGUGCAAGAUUAUCUUUCAUAUAAUCGACAUGAGUCAAGGUUCGAUUCCUGAAAUGCAUUCCGCCAGAGCCCCUUUCAGCCGCGCUCUGGCAGCCCGGGGUUUGAACUCUAACUCCAGGCUUAGUUCUGAAAGACGGCUGUAUAUUUUUUUUUUUUGCUGGAGACGGUCUUUCUAUUUAUCCAAACCUUGCUUUCAUACUGCUCAAACAGAAAAUGUGAGGAAAUGCUGGUGGAGGCAGGUUGUUGUAGCGUUUGUAGGGUUGUAGGGAUUGGUCAGGGAUGGUGGGGGUUGGGUAGUUUUUGUACACUAUUUAUUUGAUAAACAUUCAGUGCAUCACCUGUUGUCCAAAAUGUGACAUUGUUUGACAUGCUGAUACUUGAAUCCAAUCGAUGAUUUGUCAAUCACUGUUUGUUUUAUGUCGGGGGUGGCUGUGUAAUUUCCAACACAGCCAGUUAACUGCACUCUGCGGCGGGUCGGUCACCUUCAGAUCUGGUCAUCUAAGUCUCAAUGACUCCCUGCUGCGGGGGGGGGUUGAAUCCAAUAUUAAAUCCAAGCAGGUGCAACAGCGCUCAGCACCAUUUCUAGCUGAAAAAAAACCUUCUUUACUUUGUAAAUUGUGGGUGUACAUAAAAUAAAUAUUAAUUUUUGCUUGCUAUUGUACAAUGAUUUCUUUUUAUGUGUCAUCCAGCAUGAGAUGUUUAUUUUUAGGACAACGCUUGUAAAUACUGUAAUUGUAAUAAUUUUAAGCACAAAUGUAAUACAGUUUUAUUGUGUUACCA